AUGGCAUUCAUACGGAAAUUGUUUAAACGCCAUGCCAAAUUCAACAACACUUCAUCAAAUACAUCCUCAACUGACGCUGAUGGUGACACUGAUGAGGACUCCGACGUCGACCCAGUGGUUGAGCUACUAACAGAAUACGAGUCGACAGCUGUAGUGCCCGUGGAAGCAGCCACAGCUGAACGCAACACUGGAUGUCGUCUCUACCUUCAACAGUGCCACGCCUACGUAUCUAAGCGAAAGCAGUGUGUUCUACGUAGUAAACGGGGCUGGAUUCUGGAAGUGGCACUUCCAGCCAUCGCAGUGAUCAUUAUGAUGGCUGUUAUAGCCUCCUAUCCUGUAGACAUGACUCAACCAAGUAUGCCACUUCAUCCUUGGCUCAUGUCCAAUAGGAGGGAUAUUCCACACCUCCAAACCUUCUUUUCUUUCAAACCCACCAAUAUCUCAUCAAUUCGAACCACCAGAGAAGCCUAUUCUCAAGCUAUUGCUUCAGCCAGAGGCUGGUCAGGAACUCGUUGUCUUCCACACUCUGUGUAUAAACUGGUACCGGAGAAGUACGCUUACUGCAAUCUCAAGGACUAUACGGUGCCGAGUCCCCUACCAGCACUCACUCCAGAAGGCAUUCAAAAAGUUGAGGCAACAGAGAAAGUCAGUUGUUCCUGUAAAGGAGCUGAUUUUUUCUGUCCUGCUGGAGCCUACGUGCCUCCACCUAACCACCUUCUUCCUACAACGGAUUUCUUGAUGAAUUUGACAAACUACAACGUCUCUAAUUACCUUAUAAAAUCACGGAAUGAGGCUAUCCUCAAACGCUAUGGUGGUCUCACAUUUAUGAUUACCGAGAAUGGUUCAGCAGUGAUUGCAGUGAAGCGUCUCCUCUCCAAUCAGUCUCGAGUUGAGAGCCUUUUAAACGCCCUAUUCAACGAUCCAAAUGCCACGACAAUUGGCCUAGACGUGGUCAACUUUUUGUUGGCUGACCUACCACCUACUCAGUACUCCCGACUCUGGUAUCACAACAAGGGAUUCGCCUCAUCAACAGCCUACCUCAAUGUUCUUCACAACCUUCAACUACGAAUGCUAUUGGCUAAAAACAAGGUCGUCCAAGGUAAAGCUCUUCCUUCUGUUGUAUUACUUUAA